AUGCCAUGGGUGUCCGAUGUGGCUACGAUUGUCCAAGCCUGGUUCCCGGGCCAGGAGGCAGAGCACUCCAUUGCGGAUAUGCUGCUGGGGAAAGUGACCCCGGGAGGAAAGCUGCCUGUGAACUUCCCCAAGCGCUUGGAAGACUGCCCGGCAAACCUGAACUUCCCGGGCGAUCUCAUAAACCGUGUGGUAGAGUAUCAAGAAGGUAUCUACAUUGGUUAUCGCCACUUUGACCGUCUCCCCGAGAGUGUGCUCUUCCCGUUCGGAUUUGGUCUCUCCUACACCGAAUUUGAGAUUGACGCUGAGCGCGUGGAAAUCUCAACCCAGGACGUUAUUGAAGGAGAGAAGCCAUUAAACGUGACCGUGGCCAUCCGGAACACGGGCCAGGUCAACGGGAGUGAGGUGGUGCAGGUUUACGCCAGCUUUGGCGACUCCAGGUUUUCAGUCUAUCGGCCGACGAAAGAGUUUUGUGGGUUUGCCAGAAUCGAACUUGAGUCGGGAACGGAAUGA